AUGGCCGUCAAACUACCUAGUCGACCUAGGACAGCAGGAGAAAUAUUACCUUCCACGGACCAUUCCCAUGUGGUAGAGACGGAGAAAGACGAGGAAGAGGACGAAGAGGAAGAUGGGGAAGGGGACGAGGAGGACGAAGAGGAAGAGGAGGACGAAGAGGAAGAGGAGGAAGGGGCGGAGGUGGGCAGUACCAGUGACUACCACUCUGAAUUGGGGGAAGGGGACUUAAUUCCUCUCACACCAAGCGUCACCGAUUAUCCACUUGACUCGCACAAGCUAAAUAACCAGUACGGCCGAACAUAUCAUGCAUUUCAUGAGGGGAUGUACCUUUUGCCGAAUGAUGAGCCUGAGAAGGAUCGGAUGGACAUGAUAUACAAAGACGCCUUGGGUGAAUUAUUUCUCGCUCCCAUAAGUGAAAGCCCUCAGCAUAUUCUUGAUAUGGGAACGGGAACAGGUAUCUGGGCAGUAGAAUGUGCUGAGUGCGUAAAUCAGAAGCCGGUGUCCAUGGAUAUUGCUUUGAGUCUGGCUAAUCACCACGGCAGCAAAUAUCCCAGUGCGGUGGUUCGAGGAAAUGAUUUGAGCCCAAUCCAACCUUUCUUUGUUCCGACAAAUUGCGCUUUUGAGAUUGACAACUUUGAGGAAUGGCAAUUGCCAUACAAAUUCGAUUUCAUCCAUGGACGGGAGUUGGAUGGUUCAAUCUCCGACUGUGGAAAACUGUGCAGAGAAGCUUUUAAUCAUUUAAAACCCGGUGGAUACUUUGAGCUCAAAUCACUUGAGCACGGCUUCCUCUCAGAUGAUGGGACGCAUAAAAAAGCCGUACACGCACAUGAAUGGCAACAGCGUAUCAUAGAGGGCCGAAAUAAACUGAGAAAGCCUUUCUGCGGAGCAACUAUCUGCACACAGGGGAUGGAAAACGCUGGCUUUGUCAAUAUCAAAAUUCAAAAAUUUAAGGGCCAUGGCAAGAAGGCAAUAAACUGA